AUGGCAGCAAUACUACCAGACGACGUGGGGUUCGUGGCCUUACGCCGCCUGGUGCAUGCCGAAUUCUUGCUAUCUGCUGCCGGUAUCGACGAUAUGAAAACUGCUCACCUUCCUGAAGAGUUGGAAGAAGGCAAUAUUGAAUACAAGCAGCAGCUUCUGGAACCGACAUACGACCGUUUACGUCAAUUAACGACACAAAUGAAUUGGCGCCUGAAUGAAGGUGGUGGCACUGCUUUUUACGAGAUUGGAGUAAAGGACAAUGGGGAGGUAUUAGGACUCUCAGAGAACGCUAUACUGCGCUCUUUAGGAGCUUUAGCACGAAUGUGUCGUGUUGUGCAUGCCCAAAUGUCGCUUUCAAGAUUCCGAGUUGGUCGAGAUAUUAGUCACAGAGCAGUGCGCGUUCAGGUCAAGAGAGUGCUGGCACAUACUUCAACCAAGAGACUUCGUGUAUCGGUGAUCGGGGACUUUGAAAGUGGUAAGUCGACACUAGUAGGCGUACUGACGCGUGGACGUCUAGAUGACGGUGCUGGAUUGGCUCGGAUGCAAGUGUGUCGCUACCGCCACGAGCUCGAGAAUGGCUGUACCUCGAGUGUAAGCGAGCACACGAUCGCAGUGGCCGCAGAUGGCCACUUUCGCUGCACGGAUGAGUUAGACACUUGCGAUUUUGGUGACAGUGAUGAAAAAAAAGCGAUACCGAAGUCGAGAAGGCAAGAAAGCUUUAUCACACUGAGUGAUCUGGCUGGACACCAGAAAUACCUUAAGAGUACGGCGUCAGGACUGGCUGGCCAGUAUCCAGACUACGCCAUGCUUGUGAUUGAUGCUGUCCGCGGUGUUCGAGAUAUGACGCGAGAACACGUCAAGAUUGCCACUGCUUUGGAAGUCGCCAUUUUUGUGGUGAUAACGAAGACGGAUCGAGUAACUGGCGAGCGAAUACAACAAUUGCUAGUUGAAGUCACCCGUUUGCUGAAGACGUUUUGUCCAUGCCAACAAAUUGUUUUGGCACCAAAAAGUGUUGAUACGAAUCACAAGGAAAACUUGCUACAGCUUACAUUAGCGUCGAUUGUGCCGGUGUUUCAAGUAUCCAACGUAGAUGGCACUGGUCUGGACGUAGUGCAAGGAUAUUUUGCUGCGCUCGAGCCCAAACAGGUGUGGGCGGCCAAGGCCAUGAAACCUGCUGAGUUUCAAGUCAGUCACGCCUAUGAUAUUGAAGACACAGGUACGAUUCUGACUGGCCUUGUACAGGCUGGAACAUUUGGCGUAGGAGAACAAAUGUUGCUUGGUCCCGACACUGUUGGACAGUUUUGCGACGUAGCGGUCGAAAGCAUUGAAGUGCAGCACAAGGCUGCACAAAGCCUUAGCGCUGGAGAGACGGGCGCUGUACUUAUACGCUUUUUAUGUGCUGCUCAGCCGGCUCAUCGCAUAAGGAAAGGCACUAUACUUGUACAUCCAAGUGUGCGACCUAUGGCUACACGGCAAUUUGAUGCAGAACUGCUUUUCCUGCCGGAUGCCCGCACUUUUCGCAAGAAUUUCCAAGCAGUUAUCCACACUGGUCACGUUAGGCAAAUGGCGAAGAUUGUGCGACUAGAAGACCCCGAUACUUUUGGACCGAGCGUCCCAACUACAUCGCCAUCGAUACUUUCAGCUUCAACUACAAUGUGUCGGUUUGAGUUUAUGUACUGGCCGGAAUACAUUCGUCUGGACUUACCGCUGGUGCUAUGCGAAGGACGUGCGCAGGCUGUCGGUCGUGUCAUACGGACUGUACCUUACUACAGCGUCAGUACUUUACAAGUGAAAUAA